GAUAGUGUCCUCUCUCUCUCUCUCUCUAGCCUGAAAUUCUGGGUUCAACCAAACUUGCCAUUACAGGGCUUCAGGACUGUAGUUGUGAACUGUGGAUUGUGCAACUCAAACGCAAGCUGAAUAGAGGUGGUCUAGGACCGAUUGGAGCGACGGGCAUGGAGCAACAGGUAGAGAACAGGCAAGUGAUAUUCAAGGGGUUCAUAGAGAGGGCUCCAAGGGAGACGGACAUGGAGUUGAAGGUGGGAAGAAUCAGCGGCGGUCUCAAGGCGCCUGCAGGAUCAGGUGCUUUCCUGGUCAAGAAUCUCUACCUCUCUUGCGACCCCUACAUGAGGGGACGAAUGCGCGAUUCCCGCACUUCUUAUAUCCCCCCUUUCGUUCCUGGUCAGCCCAUCGAAGGAUUCGGUGUUUCCAAGGUUAUUGAUUCCGAUGAUCCAGACUUCAAGCCUGGGGAUAUAGUUGCAGGGUUCACUGGCUGGGAAGAAUACAGCUUGAUAAGGAAGACUAACCAGUUGAGAAAAAUCGAGCAACAUGAUGUCCCUCUGUCAUAUCACCUGGGCCUUCUCGGUAUGCCAGGAUUUACUGCAUAUGUAGGAUUUCACGAGAUAUGCUCCCCUAAAAAAGGAGAUACUGUCCUCGUCUCUGCAGCUUCCGGAGCAGUUGGACAUCUUGUUGGCCAACUUGCUAAACUGCAUGGCUGCUAUGUAGUUGGAAGUGCUGGCUCAAGCCAAAAGGUCGACUUGCUGAAGAAUAAACUUGGAUUUGAUGAAGCUUUUGUCUAUAAAGAAGAGCCAGACCUGGAUGCGGCCUUGAAGAGGUACUUUCCUCAAGGCAUUGACAUCUACUUUGAUAAUGUGGGGGGAGACAUGCUGGAUGCUGCACUUCUCAACAUGCGUGUCAGUGGGCGCAUUGCAGUCUGCGGCAUGGUAUCACAGCAUAGUCAAACCGAUCCACAAGGUAUCCACAACUUGUUCAAUAUGAUAACGAAGCGCAUCAGGAUGCAGGGGUUCCUGCAAAGCGACUACUUGCACCUCUUUCCCCUCUUCUUCAAUCAAGUCACGGAAUACUACAAGCAGGGGAAGAUCACUUAUAUGGAAGACACGGUUCGUGGAUUGGAACAUGCUUCGGCUGCGUUCGUUGGCCUGUUUUCAGGUAGAAAUGUCGGCAAGCAGGUCAUUCAUGUUGCCAGUCCAUAGGAUGGCUAAUGAAUUUGGUAGAAACUAGGGAAAAAGUGUGAGGGCCUAUCCCAUCCAAGCACCAUGUUCAGAAUCUUUUCCUUUCCCAGUUCGGGCUCAAAGUACUGGUGAGCCGGGCAUAAGAUCACUCCAACUCCAUCUUUCCGAUGCUGAUACUUUAACAUUGAGCCACUUUAAAUACUGGUGGAAAAGCAUAGUCUUUCUUGGGU